AUGGCUCUUCUUGAUGUAUCCACAAACAUCUCACUGCUCUACAAGGAGGAGUUUGAUCCUAGUCACAGUAAGAUUUUGGUGGACUUUGCGGUGAGCAGAGAACAAACGAACGAGAAGGAAGAGAAAAUGUACAUUCAGACAAGAAUGGCAAAGUAUGCAGAAGAGUUGUGGGAGUUGCUGGAAAAAAAAGACAACACCAUUGUUUACAUGUGUGGUCUCAAGGCUAUGGAGAAGGGUAUCUAUGAGAUCAUGAUCUCACUUGCUGCUAAAGAUGGGACCGAUUGGCUGGAGUACAAGAAGCAAUUAAAGAGGAGUGAGCAGAGGAAUGUGGAAGUCUACUAA